AUGUUGAAGUGUUUUUCUGUAAGUAGUUUUAACUUACUGAGGAACCAGUUGCUUAAUUCGCAGUUGCACAAGAGCAGUUAUUGUUACUUUCGGAAUAUGAGUACAGAGUCCAAGCAGGGAGCCGGUGAGGCUGGUCCAGCAUUGCCUCAGGUUGAUGAAAAGACCGGAGAAAUUAUCAUCAAUCCUUUGAAGGAAGAUGGUACCCCAAAGAGUGCUAAGGAGAUUGAGAAGGAAAGGAAGAAGGCUGAAAAGUUGUUGAAGUUUGCAGCCAAGCAAGCCAAGCAAGCACAGAACCAGGCAGGUAAGGCUAAGAAUGCUGCUAAGAAGGAAAAGAAGAAGAAGGAAGCUGAGCCAGUUCCAGAAUUCGUGGACAAGACUGUUCCAGGUGAGAAGAAGGUUUUGGUUUCUUUGGACGAUCCAGCUUUGAAGGCUUACAACCCAGCCAAUGUUGAAUCUUCGUGGUACGACUGGUGGACUAAGUCUGGGUUCUUCGAACCUGAGUUUACUGCCGAUGGUAAGAUCAAGCCAGAAGGUCUAUUCACUAUUCCUGCACCACCACCAAACGUUACUGGUUCUUUGCACAUUGGGCACGCUUUGACCAUUGCUAUCCAAGAUUCCUUGGCUAGAUACAACCGUAUGAAGGGUAAGACCGUUUUAUUCUUGCCUGGUUUUGACCACGCCGGUAUUGCUACUCAAUCCGUUGUCGAAAAGCAAAUAUGGGCCACUGAGAAGAAGACCAGACACGAUUACGGUAGAGAAGAAUUCGUUUCUAAGGUUUGGGAAUGGAAGGAGGAGUACCACAGCAAGAUUAAGAACCAAGUUAAGAAGCUAGGUGCUUCUUAUGACUGGAGCCGCGAAGCCUUCACCUUGGAUCCAAAGCUUUCUAAGGCUGUCAUGGAAGCAUUUGUCAGAUUACACGAAGAAGGUAUCAUUUACCGUGCUUCCCGUUUAGUUAACUGGUCUGUUAAGCUAAAUACUGCCAUUUCCAACUUGGAAGUGGAGAACAAGGAAGUCAAGGCUAGAACUCAAUUGUCUGUUCCAGGCUAUGAUGAAAAGGUCGAAUUCGGUGUUUUGACCUCUUUUGCAUACCCAGUCGUUGGCUCUGAUGAAAAGUUGAUCGUGGCCACCACCCGUCCAGAAACCAUCUUUGGUGACACUGCUGUCGCCGUUCAUCCAGAUGAUGCUCGUUACAAGCACUUGCACGGUAAGUUUGUUCAACAUCCAUUCUUGGACCGUAAGUUACCAAUUGUUUGCGAUAGUGAAGCAGUUGAUAUGGAAUUCGGUACUGGUGCUGUCAAGAUCACUCCAGGUCACGACCAAAACGAUUACAACACUGGUAAGCGUCAUGACUUAGAAAUCAUCAACAUUUUGACCGACGAUGGUUUGUUGAAUGAAAACUGUGGUCCUGAAUGGGAAGGUGUCAAGAGAUUCGACGCCAGAAAGAUGGUCAUCGAACAAUUGAAGCAAAAGGGUCUAUUUAUUGGUCAAGAAGAUAAUGAAAUGACCAUUCCAACAUGUUCCAGAUCUGGUGAUAUCAUCGAACCUCUAUUGAAGCCACAAUGGUGGGUUUCCCAAAAGGAAAUGGCCAAGGAGGCUAUCAAGGCUGUUAGAGAAGGUCAAAUUACGAUUACUCCAAAGUCCUCGGAAGCUGAAUACUUCCACUGGUUAGAGAACAUUCAAGAUUGGUGUAUCUCCAGACAACUAUGGUGGGGUCACCGUUGUCCUGUUUACUUCGUUAACAUUGAAGGUGAAGACAACGAUCGUAACGAUGAUGCCUACUGGGUUGCUGGUAGAGACUUGAAGGAAGCUGAAGCUAAGGCUGCUGCUAAGUUCGCUGGAAAGAAGUACACCCUAGAACAAGAUGAAGAUGUCUUAGACACUUGGUUCUCUUCUGGUUUGUACCCAUUCUCUACUCUAGGCUGGCCAGAUAAGACCCCAGAUAUGGAACAAUUCUACCCAGCUUCCAUGUUGGAAACCGGUUGGGAUAUUCUAUUCUUCUGGGUUGCUAGAAUGAUCUUGUUAGGUAUUAAGCUAACUGGUCAAGUUCCAUUCAAGGAAGUGUUCUGUCACUCUUUGGUCCGUGAUGCUCAAGGUCGUAAGAUGUCGAAGUCUUUGGGUAACGUCGUUGAUCCAUUGGAUGUUAUUAGCGGUAUCAAGUUGGAUGAUCUACAUGCUAAGUUGUUAGUUGGUAACUUGGAUCCAAGAGAAGUUGAAAAGGCCAAGGCCGGUCAAAAGGAAUCCUAUCCAAAUGGUAUUCCACAAUGUGGUACUGAUGCCUUGAGAUUUGCUCUAUGUGCUUACACAACUGGUGGUCGUGAUAUUAACUUGGAUAUUCUUCGUGUCGAAGGUUACAGAAAAUUCUGUAACAAGAUCUACCAAGCUACUAAGUUUGCAUUGAUGAGAUUAGGUGAUGAUUACCAACCACCUGCAUCUGAAAAGUUGUCUGGAAAUGAAUCCUUGGUUGAAAAAUGGAUCUUGAACGAAUUGACCAAGACUGCCAAGACCGUUAACGAAGCUUUCGAAAAGCGUGACUUCUUGAACUCUACUACCGCCAUUUACGAAUUCUGGUACUUGAUUUGUGAUGUUUACAUUGAAAACUCCAAGUACUUGAUUCAAGAAGGUACCCCAGUUCAACAAAAGUCUGCUAAGGACACUCUUUACAUCUUGAUUGACAACGCAUUGAAGUUAAUUCACCCAUUCAUGCCAUUCAUCUCCGAAGAAAUGUGGCAACACUUGCCAAGAUACGCAUCUGAAAAGACUGAAAGUAUCGUCAAGGCCUCAUACCCAGUCUUCAAGGAAGAAUUCUCUAAUGAAACUGCUGCUAAGGAGUACGAAUUGAUUUUGAACAUCACUAAGGAAGCUCGUUCCCUAUUGGCUCAAUACAACAUCCUAAAGAACGGUAAGGUGUUUGUUGAAUCCAGCAACGAAUCUUUCUUCACAACCGUCGACUCUCAAAAGGACUCCAUUGUCUCUUUGAUUAAGGCCAUUGAUGAAGUUGCCGUUGUCAAAUCUAGUUCUGAAAUUCCAGAAGGUUGCGUCCUACAAUCAGUAAACCCAGAAGUUAACGUCCACGUUCUUGUGAAGGGUCAUGUUGACAUCGAUGCUGAAAUCGCCAAGGUCCAAAAGAAGUUGGAAAAGACCUUGAAGUCCAAGGCAGGUAUUGAAAAGAUUGUCAACACUGCUGAUUACGAAACGAAGGCUAACGACCAAGUAAAGCAAUUCAACAAAGAAAGAUUGGAGCAUGCUGCUGCUGAAAUUGAUACCUUGGAAGCAACCAUUGCUAACUUGGAGAGAUUAAAGCUAUGA